AUGGAAUACCAUUAUUUUAUUCUUUUUCCUUUUAUUCUGGCAUAUUCGUUCUCUUUUCCAUUCUUUAACGAGCCCGCAAUUCUUUUUCUUUUCAAUACUAGUUUUUUUCUUCAUUCUCUCUCUCCCCCGUCUCUCUCCCCCUCUCUCUCUCUCCCCCGUCUCUCUCCCCCCCUCUCUCUCUCUUUCAAUCCGGAAGGCUAUUUUACCAAUGCUAUUAAUAUCUAUCUAUCUAUCUAUCUAUCUAUCUAUCUAUCUAUCUAUCUAUCUAUCAUAGCCUGCACAUUACCAAUCUAUCUAUCUAUCUAUCUAUCUAUCUUUCAUAAUCUAUCUAUCUAUCUAUCUAUCUAUCUAUCUAUCUAUCUAUCUAUCUAUCUCAUUCAGUUCAUAAUCUAUUCCUUUCUUUAUUUUUCUCUUUUUAUCCACAUUUUUCAUUUUCCCGCCUUCUUUUUCACUUCUUCCUAUCCCAUAAUUAUCUUCUUUUCUUACUCUACGACGUUUUCUUUCUUUCUGUCUUUCUUUCAAUCUUUUUUUUCUCAUUUUUUUCUACUCUUUUUCUUCUGUAUCUCUUUUUUUCUACUCUUUUUCUUCAAUUUUCCACGUAUUCUUUCUUUUUUCCUUCCCUACUAUUUACGCUGUCAUUUCAUUAUUUCUUCUUCUUCUUCUUCUUCUUCUUCUUCUUCUUCUUCUUCUUCUUCUUCUUCCUCUUCUUUCCACUUCUUCUCCUUCUUCUUCUUCUCCUUCUUCUUCUUCUCCUUCUUCUUCUUCUUCUUACUCCAUUGUUUGUUGUUGCUCUUCUUCUUCUUCUUCUUCUUCUUCUUCUUUUUCUUCUUCUUCUUCUUCUUAUUCUUAGUCCAUUGUUUGUUGUUGUUGUUCUUCUUCUUCUUCUUUUCACUUCUUCUUCUUCUCCUUCUUUUUCUUCUUCUUCUUUUCACUUCUUCUUCCUCUUUUUCUUCUUCUCUUUCUUCUUCUUACUCUAUUGUUUGUUGUUGUUCUUCUUCUUUCCACUUCUUCUUUUUCUUCUUCUUCUUCUUCUUCUUCUUAGUCCAUUGUUUGUUGUUGUUGUUCUUCUUCUUCUUCUUUUCACUUCUUCUUCUUCUUCUUAUUCUUAGUCCAUUGUUUGUUGUUGUUGUUCUUCUUCUUCUUUUUUUCACUUCUUCUUCUUCUCCUUCUUUUUCUUCUUCUUCUUUUCACUUCUUCUUCCUCUUUUUCUUCUUCUCUUUCUUCUUCUUACUCUAUUGUUUGUUGUUGUUCUUCUUCUUUCCACUUCUUCUUUUUCUUCUUCUUCUUCUUCUUCUUCUUCUUCUUCUUCUUCUUCUUCUUCUUCUUCUUCUUCUUCUUCUUAGUCCAUUGUUUGUUGUUGUUGUUUCCAUUGUUUGUUGUUGUUCUUCUUCUUCUUUCCACUUCUUCUCUUUCUCAUUCUUCUUCUUCUUUUUCUUCUUCUUCUUACUCCAUUGUUUCUUGUUGCUCUUCUUCUUCUUUCCACUUCUUCUUUUUCUUCUUCUCCUUCUUCUUCUUCUUACUCUAUUGUUUGUUGUUGUUCUUCUUCUUUCCACUUUUUCUCCUUCUUCUUCUUCUUCUUACUCCAUUGUUUGUUGUUGCUCUUCUUCUUCUUCUUCUUUUCACUUCUUCUUCUUCUUCUUUUUCUUCUUCACCUUCUUCUUCUUACUCUAUUGUUUGUUGUUGUUCUUCUUCUUCUUUCCACUUCUUCUUCUUCUUUCCACUUCUUCUUCUUCUUCUUCUUCUUCUUCUUCUUCUUCUUCUUCUUCUUCUCUCCUUUUAUACUUAUUCGUUCUUGCCAAACAUUAUUUCAUUCUUUCUUUUUAUCCUUUUUUUCUCUUCUUUCAAUUUCAAUAUCUGUACCUUAUUUUCGUUUUUCCUCUUUUUUCCUUUCAUUCUUUCUUUCUUUCUUUCUUUCUUUCUUUUCCAAUAAGAACCACAAUCGUUACCAGCCUUCAACUAAAUGCUUUCAAACCUGCACUCUCCUCUCACUCUCACUCUCUCUCACUCUCUCACUCUCUCUCUUCUGUUCAUUGCCUGCCUUCCCACCCUUUCUUUCCUAUCAUUCCCCCAUUUAUUACAAACCUUCCAAAAUUCAGUUUCCAGGUUGUCACUGGCGAUUCUUUCCUUUCCAACAUCGACUGCCAUUAUCUUUCGAUUCCUCUUUCAUUCUGCUUCCAGUCCUUCGUUUUGCGUUUCGUUUUUCCAAUCCUCGAUUUCUAA